CACACCAAUGAUCAAUUCAAAACCAAGUGAAUGAGUCAUAUUGAUGGGUAAAAGGUUGACAGUCACACUUGUUUCAUUGUUUCUGUAACUCACAAUAGAAACACCAUGUUGGUAUUUUAAGACUGUAGCUGUCGUAACAAACAAAAAAGAAAAGGAAACGUAAUUUUGUUCACAACUUCAACAUGGCGCAACAACAAUCCUCACCAUCACAUAACGAGCAGACGACAUUUUCGCAAAAGAUGGUCAGCUGUGUGGGGAAAGUUCAGCCUUAUUUCGUAGAUGUUGCCUUGUUCUGUUUCUUUCUGGCCCGGCACAUGUCUCUGCCGUUGUUUCAAGAGUAUGUGCAAUUACAGAUCCAUAAACAGCGCCAUCUAAACCUGGAAGAUUUGGGUAAACCAGGAAAUCACAGUAAAGUUUGGCAUGAUGCACAACAUGAAAGUGCUCUAGUCGUCAUCGGUCUUCAGAUAGCGGAGGGUUUACCUGCAAUAAUUACUGUUAUAAUACUUGGUGCUCUGAGUGACAGAACUGGACGACGCAAGAUUCUUCUCUGGUUACCCUCGUUAGGAAGUGUGGCAUAUUCCUUAAUCUAUAUUUUAAUCAUGUACACUGGGUGGAAUAUUGAUGGACUAUUUAUGGCAUCGGCUUUAAGAGGAGUUAGUGGGAGUAUGACUGCAUUUUUGGCUGGUGCAACAUAUUAUGCAAUAAACACGGUGAAACCACACAAGCGAGCUUCUCGACUGGCCAUUCAGGAAAUGUUGAAUGGUGGGGCCUUUGCCCUUGGUAACAUUAUGGUUGGAUUUUGGGUGAAAACAAGUGGAUUUUUGCAACCAUUUUGGUUCACACUGAUUUGUAGUAUAAUUGCGUUCUUAAUUUCGUUUUUUCUAGUAGAGGAACUUAAAAUGGAUGAUUCAGAUAUGCCACGACAUCCGAGAACAGGCAAUUUCUUUAGAGACACAUUUUCUCCUCUUGCAAAAUUCUUUAAAUGUUGCUCAAACCGUGGAUUGUUAAAAAUAUGGUUGGCUGUAUUGGCAUUUCAGUCGUAUGCAUUUGUCCAUAUAGGGCAAGAAAAUACAUUAGUACUCUACUUAAGCAGUCAGUCAUAUUUAUACUCCUGGAACACAGGUGGUUCAAUAACUGGACCAGGACCAUAUGCCAAGAUUGGUGUCUUUUUGGCUGUCAUAAUGCUCGUUGCUGCAAUUGCUGUAGCAUUAUCACCACCUUUGUUGAAGCACUUUUUAACAGAAAGCAGCAUUGCAUUUAUUGGAUAUUUUUCUAAAGCACUGGGAACAUUGUGGAUUGCUGUUGUGCAAGAUGAAACCAUACUAUAUUUUGCUAUCCUGUUACUGGCAUUUGAACUGUUGCCAUUUCCGAUGAUGAGAUCAGUGGUAUCAAGAGGAGUGCCACAAUCACAGCAAGGUUCGCUGUUUGCACUCAUGCACUGUGGUGAGAGUAUCAUCUACUUUUUGGCACCGUUUUCGUUCACGGCUAUAUAUGCAUCGUCAUUGCAUUAUUACGGCGGCUUCGUUUUCAUCAUUUCAAUUCUCCUCCUCCUGAUACCAGUACUCCUAACUGUCAUUUUGAAAUGCAUUGAACGGAAGCAUCCUGCUGGGUAUGAGGCAAUGGAAUGUGAAAUUUACCAACAACCACCAAGUGAAGAACUGCCUGCUAUAAACAACCAAUCAGAAACAGACAGACUAGCUGAUGAACCAAUCAGUUUUAUUGAACUAAGCAAUAGUGUUCAGAUAUAAACCAUUUUAGUUUGUUUAUUAUAAAUGUGAUGUUACUGCCCACACUUGUCAUAAUAUUCUUAAGAAUUUGUGAGCAUAAUAAAAAAAAAAGUAUUGGUCCACUGGAAUCAAUGUUUUGAAAUUCAAUGUCAUAUUUCACUAGUUGAUUGCAAAUGAGACAAAAACAGAAAAUAUUAGUGAUCUACAAGAAGUUUACCAAUUUUAAUAAUAUAGAUUCCUUUUUAAAAAAAAUACUUUUUUGAUGUUUUAUAACUUUUCUGCAAGUGACUUGAAACUUUUCCAUCAUUUAUAUAUUUUCAUGAUUAGAUGUUUUUACUAACAAAGUUUUAACAAAGCAAUUCUUGUUGUCUUAGUUAAUCUCAAAGACAUGUUUGUAAUAUUGUUAUAAAACAGAUCUAAAAUGUGUAUUUGUCACAAAACAGUUUUUGUUGAACAACUUAUCAAUAAUAAUUAUAUAAAAAAUUAAUCCAUCCUUGGUGAAGAUAAUGUGAUCAUGUUCAUUGUAUUGUGUCUGAUAUCUUCUUUUUUAUGUCCACAGAAUAUCUCCACAGAUUUAAUUUGUAAAACAUAUUUUGUUCUUGGUCACAGUGUAUUUAGCUUUAUUAAGAAUACUUUGAUGUAUUUACCAGCUCAAAUGUGUUUGGACUCUUAUUAAUAAUAGUUAGAUAUACUGAUAUCCAAAAGAAACUAUACCAAUACUCUUAGAGACUAUUGAAAAAAUCCAAAAUAAUUUGCAUGUUUAAAACGUAUAUAUUCAUAGAGUGGUUUUUAUUUGCAUUUUAGGAAUAAAUUUUUUUUCCAUAAAAGCAGAAAGAUAUUUAACCACCAUUUAUUUGCGUUAUCCAAAUUAUAAAGGAAAUUAAAUAAAUUUUUCAAAGUAUAGUUUCUUUGGGACGUCGGUAUAGUUUAAAAGUAACACUAUAGUUUUCACAUGAAGGAUACAAAUUUUACUAUAGUCCAUCCCAUCCUCCUACAAAAAUGUUUUUUUGUAAAUAAUUUCAGUUUGGUUUGAUGUAAGACAAAAAGUAAAAGUGUUUUGGGAAAGAAAACAAUGUGUGUGCAAUUUGGAAAACAUCGCUCAGAAAUACAUAACUUAUAGUAAAGUCCAUAGUAUGAAAAAAGGUGUUCCACGUGGGAAGGAUUAUAGUUAUAAUUAUUAAUUGUUUAAAAGUAACUGUUUAUAGCUAACAUGUAUAUUUAAUCAAUAAAAUUUAGACCUUCAUCAAUUAAGUAUGAUGCAGUGAAUACCAUCUAGUUCAUAUAUGAAUAUUAAUUAGUAUUCUUUUCAUAUUGUUAGACACAUUUUUAGAUGUUACCUGUUACAUUUAUUGCUCACUCGGUUAGGACAAGAGGCAAUAUAAGUGAUAGUUUUUUCACUUUUACCUGUGAUAUUAACAAAUUGCACUCAGUUGACUACAUUGUGUGGUACAGUCGAUCAUAUAUUUUAAAGGCAUAAUUGUAUUUAUGGUACUUGAGAUAUUUGAAAGUACAUGUAUUUUUACCGAAAGAAAAAUGAGUGUGUGCAUGUGAGAGAGUGAUGAAGGCGUGAGAGUGAUGAAGGCAUGUGAGAGUGUGGUGAAGGAAAAAAUUAACUGACAACGGUUGCAGUGGGGUGUAGCUCAGUGAUUGAAUUUGUGACAGAUUCCUUCUUGGAGAACUCAUAUCACUGGGUUAUUUCUCCAUUUCAACUGGUGCUCCACAACUGGUAUAUCAAAGAAUGUAGUAUGUGCUAUCCUGUUGGAUUGUAGUGCUGUAUGCUGCUAAUUAAAAGUUCAGCAGAAGUCUUCUUAAGUCCUGUGUCAUUUACUAUAUGAAAUAUUGUUAAAUGAAUUUUUCUUUCCUUUAUUGAUUGUUUAGAAAAUAUAAGCCAAAUUGUUUUAAACUUUUGUAAUUUUAUUAAACAUAAUUUAUUUGAUGUUUGGCACAGUAAUGUAUGUCAUCUUUAAAGGUAAGAUGUAACCAUAACAUGUAUACAUUUGCAGAAGACGUUUGUUUUAUUUAACAAUACUACUAGAGCACAUUGAUUAAUUCAUCAUUGGCUAUUGGAUGUCAAACAUAUGAUAUGGUAAUUUGACUCAUCAUCA